GCAUACCUUGAAGGGUAGCUCGUACGUCUUUGCCAUGAUUACGAAGAUGGGGAGAAAGAAUGAGACAGGAUACUAGAUGGAAUAGUUUAUGAGAAGUAAAGGGACUAUUAAAGUAGCCUCUUCGCUUCUGGGUUACUUUGUGAAUGUGUAUAUGCUGACUCGAGUUGGCCGCCUUGGCCUCUUCGGAACAGGUGGAAGCUGGCUUGUGAUUUUGGAGAAUGCGUCUGCUAAACAGCGUACGUUGCCACACGUGGGGUGUAUAUAAGCGGUUCUCCCUACGCUAUCGAUAGCCUAUUCCUAGGCUUCGGAUGGUCAUCGACGAAGAGUGGGAGCGAUGUGGGG